CAUACAACCGCUACUUUUGUCUGUUUAGACUCGACCCACAAAAAAGAAGCAGCUGUUACUAGCAAAGUUUAGGUUACAAUUUUUCGCCGGCGAGUAAAUAAUACAUUUAAACAGAUUUACUAACCUUGUAUACCUUGGAAGUGGUCUAAGGAUGAUAGCAGACAGAUCUAUGAGUAACUGACGAGGAUCAAGAGUAAUGGACAUGCUUGCCAGUUAACACCCAACCAAUAGCUGAGGGCCUAUAGCAAUGGGGACACAGUUCACAAUCGAUGACGCGUUCGUCCUGGAGGGGGAGGAGGAAGGUGUGGUGCCUGGAGAGGAUGUGGGGGACAGGAAGGGGAGAGAGAAGGAUGGCGGGGGAGAGAUGACGUUUGGACCUCUUUCUUUUGCCAAAACACAAACUUCUGGACCCACUGGCACUCCUGAACACAGUAAUCUGAAAUAUCAGAACCUGGAAAAUGAAGAUGCCUUAAGUGGCACUGUGAACUCCUCUUUCAAUAACUUCUUCAAAAUCAGUGAUCCUGCUACUCUGUCCUACUGCAGCUCUCAGUGGUCAUUCAGCACACUCAGCUCAGUCACACAGCUGUCUGCUCACUGCUGCGGGUGGACGUCUCACCCGCUGGUGAAGAAGAACAGACGAGUCGUUCUGGCCUCAUUCCUCCUCUUAAUCACUGGAGUUGCUUUGAUCUUUACAGGCAUUGUCAUACAGUUAAACCCUCACGCAGGUGUUUCAAGUGCAAUUUUCUUUGUCCCUGGAUUUCUUCUCUUCAUUCCUGGUGUCUAUCACGUGAUCUAUAUAAGCUGUGCAGUUCGGGGACGAAGAGGAUUCAAGUUCUUUUAUUUGCCGUACUUUGAGAAGUAAACCGUUUUUCUUCUCAUCAUCCAGACUAGUGGUCUGGAUUGCCCACUAUUUCAAACCCCCUAAAAUGAAGUAAGGGGAUGACCUACUUUUACAAACCUCAGUUACUAGUGGUUUUCUAAACAAUUUCUUCUUCAUUUUGGUAAAAGCCAGUCUGUACACAGGUCUAAGUAUAACCUCUACAGAAAAAAAAACUGAUUUAGGAGUGCAACAAUAUACAAUCAUACUUCAAAAGAAUGCACUGACUGCAAUAAAGAAAUAGUUCACACAAAAAUUUGCUAAAAAUGUACUCGCUCUCA